UUGGUGUAGUGGUCUUAGUAGAGGUAAUGAGAGCAACAUUAUCGUAUGCUCUUUGAAUUCAAAGUUUAUAAAUAUAACCAAACUGGUAUUAAUGGACUGUAUAAAUGUCAAUUCUCGGAUUUAUUAUUGAGGAACUUCUUUGUCUACUAAUUGUUGACAGGUGAAGUUUGAUGGAACAGAAAGCUUAUCGAUGAUCAGGGGCGACCAUGAAGUAUCAAGUGAUCACCCGGAACAGGUCGAUGGUGAACCUACAGGAAGUGGAACACCAGGUGGCCAUCUUGGAUGCCAAGCAGGACUUGGAGAGGAUGCAACAAGCGGUACGAGAAUGGCGAAAUAAGAAAGAGGUUGACCCAGACUGCGUCCAGGACUCGGGGAGCGACAGUAGAGUAAUAGAAUCAUACACAAAUAGUAAUCAAAACGAAGUUAUCAACAAAAAUACACUGUCGAAUAAUAUAUCGUGGGCAAAGGGGAAUGAAUUCCGUCCUCUUAUGGUACCAGCAUUAAUCAAUCAGCCCAUUCGGAAAUGCUUCUCGGAGUUUCAGUUAUGUGGUGACAGAGAGGUCACAGGCGGAACUGGGGUCAGCGUUGGCGAUAUCUUUCAGGAGGCUUCUUUGCUUCUUAGAAAGGGGUCAUCGAAUAGCGAUGCUGCGGCCAACAUGAUGCGAUAUUUGAAACCCUUGGGAGCAGAAUCUAAACACUACACCACCCCGAACCAAUCGGCCAAAAAUUCACCCCGAGAUAAUCUGAUGUGGCAGCAAAUUCAGGAAGAAAUAGCUGACCAAGGAGAUGGAAGGCAGGUCUUACAGGAAGUGCCAGAAGUCGCACAGGGGACGAGGUCACCGCAUGCUUCGAAAAGCAGUAUGGGAGGGGACACUCGGAAGCAGAGACGCGAACAGCAGGAUGCCGACGAGGACCUUGAUCAGAUAAGCUCCAUGCCGUAUUGUCAUGGAAGAUGUGGUAUAGUAGAGGUCCUCCCUACCAUCAUGGAGAAAACAUCUCCCACAGCAAGCUCUUCUCAAAGGUCAUUCGUUUCUUCGUCAAGGUCAGACGAAAUUCUCCAGCCAAAAAAUGCACUUAUUAAAGUAAAGAAGGGAGCAAAUACAUCCGCUCUGGCGAAAUGCUCAUUAUGUGAACGAUUCGGGUCAAAUAGUCAGAUAAUAUUUUCAAUAGACAAUGUCAAAUAUACAUUUUCUAAAAGUGGACAAAAAAGACUUGAGCCUUAUACAGGCAGGAAUGGCACUAAGGACAGAACAACGGCCAAUACUAACGACAACAAAACGGAACCCACUCACCAAGAAAAGUCGAAUAACAUGAACUCUAGUGCUGGGCCGUAUACACGAUAUGAAAAUCAGAAUGUCCAUCUCCCUCCUAUCAACCCCCGCUCGGACAGCUCGUGUUCACCCCAUCAGGAGAAUCCCAUGAAACCGAAACAUCCGUCCAGAGUUUCCCUUCCUCCAUUAACGCCACAAACAUUUCCUUCGGAUCGCAAGUUGCGCCUGUCUGACGUUUGCCGUGCAGACAACAAGAAGCUUCCCCCGAUACCGGGUCAUGUUGUGUUAAAACGGAAAAAGAAGGUGCACAUUCAAAAAGCAGAAAUGCCAAGAACACCCGCGAGUUUGUUAAAUGGUUGUAAACUUCCGCCAUUGAAACUACCGGAAGUAUGUGGCCGCGGCAAACCCAGCAGACGACAGAAAUACCAAGGCUACCAGUCUCCCUUCUGCGAAAGUAUCAGAAACAACAGUCGAUGCGAGGAAAUAGAGGGGCCUACUGAAACAUACGAGGUCGGCAAAAUAGCAACCGAGAAAAAUCGCGCGGUUGAAAUCAAAGACGAUCCUACCGAGGAAGCCAUACAUCUGUUUGUGAAGGUACCUACUAUGGAAGCUACAGUUAUAGACACACCGAGAACGCCAAGAAAACGGAGGGGCUCGAAAGGAUCUAAAACUAGAAAAAAUUGAAAGUAAUUGUGAACUGGUUUCAUAAAACACCUCAAUGAAUUAUUCAAAAUAGUUACACUGCUAAAUUUGUCAAUACUUAUCGAAAGAAAAAUCAAGAAGAAGUUCUUAAUGUCAUCAUAUUAGGAAAUGAAUUAGGAAAUGUUUGAAAAGUCAUUAUUAUGUAAAUUUAUAUACACUAAAUAAUAAUAAUACACAAAGAG